UUUUCAGAUGGUGGAAAAGAAAGAAGAAGAAAAGAAGCGUCGUUCGCGUUCUGGUAGUUCAUCUAGCAGCACAUCAUCGUCUGGCAGUUCGUCAAGCAGUGAUUCAUCGGGGUCUUCACGUUCUUCCAGUAGCUCUAGUUCAUCUCGCUCGCCAUCGCCUCGUAGUAAGAGGGACUCUGGAAAGGGAACCGCUGCUCGAGGACGUUCUCGCUCACCACGUCGUUCACCGGGUAGAGCCAGAGCUGAUCGUGGAGGAGGUGAUCGCCCAAGUCGUCGUUCACCAUCUCCUCGUCGUCGCCGGGUUUCUCCCUCUCCCAAGCGUCGAACUGAUCGCAGCACUAGCCGAGGCCGUCGUCGUUCACCUCGUCGUUCUCCACGACGUGCAUCUCCUCGAAGGUCUCCUAAGAGAUCACCUCGCCGCAGUUCGCCUCGCAAAGCCAGUCCUUCGAAACGUAUCUCCAUUCGUAAUCUUAGUCGAAAUGUUACUAAGGAACAUCUUGCGGAGAUUUUUGGCAUGUACGGCCCAAUAAAAAGUUGUGACCUUCCACCAGAGAGGUUCUACACUCAUCUGCAUAGAGGCUAUGGAUAUGUUGAGUACGAGAACGCAGAAGAUGCAGAGAAAGCUCUGAAAUACUUUGAUGGAGGUCAAAUUGAUGGACAAGUUGUCAGUGUCGAGUUGACUCUCAAUCGUGCGGCAAGUCGUCGUUCUCCUGCUCGCAAGAGCCCAGUGAGACGAAGCCCUGGAAGAAGACGUUCACCGCCUGGCCGCGGUGCAAAUGCAAACAUGAUUCCUCUCGGAUCAAGUCGUUUCAAUCGUAGCCGUUCGCGUUCUCCUCGCAGAAGACGCAGCAGAUCUUAAGUCUGUGUAUAUGACAAGUUGACGAAAUUCACUGCAAGUUGUUCUGUCAUUCUUGAGCUAACUGUUUACAACAAUCAUUUACGCUUAACCGCGCUUCCUAAAGUUUUGUUCUGUUAUUUUUGCCGGAUCUCCAUCAUAUUGUUGUAUUGGUUCGUUCUGGAGGACAAUAAAUCGUAAUGC